GCUCCCGAUACUUCAGGUGAAUGAGAGGGAAGCAGAGGAGCGGGACACGGUUCACUGUGCGUCGCACUAAAAAGGAACAAUUAGAGGGAAAAUGAGUGGUGUUACGUCGCUUGGGGCCCAUGUUUUUAUGACAACAUACCUACUCUUCGUGAUGGGAUGCGUUGCACAGAAAGUGUACUUUGACUGUGGUGCCAAGGUGGAUGUGGUGGACGUCCAAGGCCUCAUUCUGUCCCCUGGCUUCCCCUACAACUACUCCUCUGGGACACACUGUGUUUGGCAGUUCUUUGUGCCUGUUGAUUACCAGCUUAUUCUGGAGAUAUUUGACUUUGAUGUGUUUGAAAACCAUGACUCCGCUGCACAGUACUCUGCUUUCUCCAAUUUUGCAGUGGAAGAGGCAGAGGCAGAGGAAGAGGUGACUUUCGCUCCUGGCAGCGUAGCGGCAGAUAAAACUUCAUCAGCAGCUAAAGAGCCCAUGCUUCAAAGUGUAGGGGAUGUCGCAAAAACUCAGCAGUCCUCCCAAGAUGCCGAGGUCAAGCAAGUAGUGGUCCAGGAACAGUCCACAAAGAUGGAGAUUGCCAAAGUCUCAAAUUCUGCCAAAAGAGCCACGGAUGCCUCCUCUGGCCUUUCUUCGCCAUCUCCCUUCUCUCUCCUCCUCCUACCUGGGGCUGUGCCUCCAGAAGACAAGGCUGUCAACUCCGUCUCCUCGUUUCACCUCGUGGGAGACCUCAGUCCCAGUUCUAACCCAAGCACAGUUGUGCAAGAGACCACCCUUGCCUCGCCACACUCCACUGAAAUGCCAGCUGUGAGCCCAGAAACCCAGCACUCGGUGCUUGACGCCUGCCCCCACGAUGUUCUCUACAUCUCGGACCUCAUCACGUUCUCCUCCAGGUUCUGUGGGUCUAACCGGCCUCCCAGCAGCCAGCUGGUUUUCGGCUCCAGCCAGGAGAUGGUGGAGGUCAUCAUGGAGCUCAUCACCACCACCCACUGGGGCCGCGGUUUCGCUCUUCUCUUCCACUACCACAACCUGACUGAGCCAGGGGGGGACCGCCGUUCCUUGGCUCCCACAGCCAGCAAAGUAGAUUCUUUGCUGGCUGCUGUGAGUGGAGCUGCCCUCUUCGCAAUGAUACUUACAAGUGCCCUCUGCAUCAUAUUCAGACCCAAACUGUGUCCAAAAAGAGCAAGCUCCUGUGCAUCCAGCAACUCUGAGGUGCCAGAGGGAGUCCAGAACACCGAGGCUGAGGUCAGCGAGCUUCAGCUGAUGGCUGAGAAUCAGAGCACCCUGGAAGCAACCACAGAGCAGGACAACAACAAUGACAGCCCGCCACACACAGGCAGUGCAAGCGGUGACAUUUCUCAAAGUGCAGAGCUGGACCUUUCCUGCAGCGGUUUGACUGAACUCGACCUUGGUGCAGAUGAGGUUUUCAUUGCAUCUUCAGCCACUAGCCCAAGUAGGCUGCCCUUCUCACCUCACACGCAGAGGGAGAGGUUUCUUCGUCACAGUGACACCGGACCCAACUCUGCAGGUGAUUGGCCCUCACCAGACUCCUCCACCUCACCUACUGGUACCAGAUCUGCUAAGGACGGCAGCGAUGGCUGUGUCAGACCGAGAGCGUGGAGCGUACGCACCUUCCAGGACUUCCUCCCUCCUCUGCCUCAGCUGCACAAGAAGUGGUGCAGCUGGAACUCCAACAGUCCCUUCACCAAGCUGGUGGACAGCGCUCCAUCCAGUCUGGUAGCUGACUGCAGAGGGGAGAACAGCAGGAGGGUGUUCUCGGAUGUUCACUUGGACGCUAAGGCAGACCACAGCACUAUCUCUGACUCAUCCAUGAGCAAUGCCUCCUUCCCUCUCUCGCAGCCCGCCCAGAGGCAACGGCGUCUCAACUCCACCAGCAACCUGCGACGCUCCCGCUUCACAGGGCCUUGCUUCGGCCUGCUUUCCGGGCCGACAGACCCAACUAAAGCCUCUGGGGUUCCUCAUGCCCAAGGCUCCCCCUCAGAACCCAGCUCUGGCUCUUCUCCCGUCAGCCAGUGUCAGCUUGAGAGCGGCCAGGCAGGAAAGAGGCGUGAGUUCCCAGGUGAGAGUGACCACAUCAUUGUGCCUGUGUUUGCCAUCUCUGAGGAGGAGGAUCGGCAGCCUCUCGUCUCAGCUGAGCACCUGGACCAGAUCUCUGCUUCUGCUGUGUUGAAUGGAUUGGUCAAGGGGAAGGAGCCUGUCAUUGGAAACACUAGCUUCAGCCCACCGAGCCAGCGGACCAGACCAGAGUGGAGGCCAUGGGGCAGCCAGGUGUCAGGAGGGGUCGGUCCACUCUCCUCCAACACACUCACCACCAUGACCGAGUCAACCACAGCCUAUGACAGCAAGCCGUCUCUCAGUCAGUCCACAGUGCUGUUCAGUGUGAUCAACCAGAUGUGACCAGAUGGGCUUUAAGUGGUUGAACAGAGCAGGGACUCUAGUGGGCCAGUUUUGUAUUUCUGAACUCUUUGUGUAACAUAUAACAUACUUCUUUAAUUUCUGAAAUCAACUUUUACAAAAUGAUUACCACAUAUAUUGUAGCCUCCUGCUGGUCUUAUCACUCUAGUUGUUUUCCAUUUUUUUUAAAUUGUGUUUGGACAAAUAUGGAAUAUUAUGCUGCUUACUGAGCCAUGGCAAUGAGUGCUGUGGUAUUAUGUUAAAAAAAAGAAAAGAUAACUGAUUGCAAACAUGAACAAAAAAGUAUUCUCUGAGCGAGUACUCCAGAAUACUGAACUCUUAUGAGCACUUAACCAGUUUGAUGCUCUUCAGUGAGUUAUAAUACUCCAAACAUCGCACUUUGCCGGGUGUCAGCUUUCGGCUUUUUCCUUAAUGUGGAUAUUCUAACAAAUGCUUAUACUUAUUAUCCAAAAGUGUACUGCAGAGCAUAGAACGUACACCAAUAUUAAUGUUGCAACAGUGUUUUCAUACCGUAUGUACUCCUGAGGCUGAGACUGGAUUAUCAAAGGGAAAUCUAAAUAUAGUAAUUGUAAAGUAAAAGCAUAUAGUGUACUAAUAUUCACUAGUAUGUAGUAUAAAGAGAACUAGUCAUCACAAGAGUAUUUAAAAUGAGUUAUGAAUUAAUGUUAAGUUUUAAUAAAGGCUAUGUUAUUC